AUGGAUAGCAUGAGUGAGGCAUUUGAUCAAAUGCAAAUGGUCAAGGAUGUUCUAGCCAACAGUGAUAAAGUUUCAGAGGUCCUACAAGAGUCUACUCAUCAGUUCAACCUGCUUACUUCACCCACCUUCCUACCAAAGGUCAAGGAUCAAGGGAAAUUCACUCUCCCUUGCACACUUGGGCAUCUUGAGAUUGACAAUGCCUUAGUGGAUUCUGGAGCAAGCAUCAAUCUGAUCUCUCUCUCCAUGGCAGAGAAGCUAGGCAUUGCUGGAGCCUUGCAGCGCCCUACUACUUCAAUCAUGUUUGGAGAUGCAACUUCUAAGUCUCCUCUUGGAGUGUUCAAGAACUAUCACUUGAAAAUUGGAGAAUGCAUCAUCCAAACUGAUCUCACUGUGAUGGAAAUGGAAGAAGAGAAGGAUUUGCCUCUGUUAUUGGGAACCCCUUUCCUUAGUACAGUUGGCGCUUCAAUAGACUUUCACAAGCAAGAAGUGAUCCUUCACAAGGUGAAUAGUUUGGUGUCAUAUCGCUUGCAGCCUAGAGGUUCAGACUUUUGUGCCACAAUUGACAGUACCACUCUCAGUUCUAAGAGUCAUGGAGCUACAAAGGUUGUGAAGGAAAGGGUUGACAAGGAACCAAGAGUUGGGAAGGAUAAGGAUGAGAGAGGACCAAGGAUUGAGAAGCCACGUCUUGAGAGGGCUAGAGUUGAGAAACCACGAUCUGAUAGGCCAAGAGCUGAGAGACUUGUUCAAGCCCCUUGUGUGCUUGAUGAAGAGAGCCUUCAAGCUUUGUUUGAUGAGCCACUAGGAAGGGCUCUAAAAGAAGGGGAGGAUGUAGCCUCUAAGGCAAGACCAGGGGAUAAAAGAAAAGAUCCACCAGCUCAGGCCCCUUCAUCAAGCCAUCUCAGCUCACAAUGA